GCGAAGGCUGUGUUGGGGGCGGCGCAAGGGCCAUGCAUAACACCUUCCCGGGCGAGUCAAAUAUCGGCUUCGCGGGCGUGCAGGGAGGAUUUUGUUUUCUUCUUCAGCCGACUUGCGCUUUCUUGGACGAAGGGGAGAACGAGACAGGGAGAGUUUUGACUUGGAACCAAGACCAAAGUCAGUGUGAUGUGAUGGGCGCCUUCAAGUGCGAGGGCUACAAGUUCAAUUGCGCCGCGAGGAACCAGGUGGUGGAGGCGAAUCCGGAUAUCGCUGGUAUAGGGGUCAUCGUCGGCUUCCUCGCAACGACCUGCCUCGCCUUCCUCGUCAGCCUGUCCGUCCUCUUCCUCGACCGCUACAACCGCCUCAUCUCCUUCCUCACCAAAACCCACCAUGUCCACGACGAGUCGCGCUCCUACUGGCGCUCGCCCGCCUUCUGGUCGCGCGUGCUGUCCAAGAACCUGCUGGCGCUGGCAGAUACGCAGAUCAUGACGGGCCUGGCCGUCCAGUUCACCGCGCUCCUCAAGCACUGCGAGCUCUCCAUCUACCACUUCCAGAUUGUGACGGAACUCGCGUUUUUGACGACUGUUACGCAUCUGUUGACGCUCGUGACGCUGCGGAAUUACUUUGUCAUGAACAAGUGGAUCAACCUGCCGCGCAUCCUGUUCAUGGCGGCGAACCUCGGUUUGCUGGGCUACACGAGCUACAUCUCCUAUACUUACGACCUCGCGGGGCUGGAUCUGAGCAGCCGACUGGCGUGCUUUUAUCAAGGAGCGAAGCCAGAGUUUGAGACGGCGUUUCAAACGAAGUGGGCGCUGUUGCUGGUGGGCGCGAUUGGGGGGCACACGGCGGUCAUUCUGGCCAUGUAUGUGUUGCCGGAGACGCCCAUGGGUGGAGAGAGGACAAAGUGGGCGUGGGCGAAGAGGGUGGGUGCGGGGGUGAGGACGUGGGUUAUCACGCCGGUGUACGCGAUUUAUGGCGUCUUCAUGGCUGCUUCGAUGCUUAGCGAUACGCAGGCGCUCGGCAACCCCUCCGUGCUCAUGGAAGGCAGCGAGAAUGAGUGGGGUUUCGGACAGUUUCUGCCGGUGCUUCUGCUCGCGCUCCCGGUGUUCGCGGGGUGGGAGUCGUUCUGGGAGGAAAAAGACGUCGAUAAGGAUAAGGAGGUGGAUCGGUUCGGGAGGCGGAACAACCGCGUUAGCAGGAGUAAUACGGGACUGCUGGAUGUGGAGAAAGGGCCAAAGGAGAUGGAGAGGAAGAAGGAACAGGGCAUGGGUACGGUGACGGGAACGGCGGGUACGGGAACACCGAGGCUGGAUGACAGCUUGGUUAGCAUCAGCCCACUGCCAACGCCACGUCUCGUGGUGCCGAGUCCGGCGGCGAGUCCCAGGCUGGGUGCUGUCUCGGGCGGGGAGAGGAGACCAAGGACGCCGAGCCGGUUCGAAGAGGAUCUGAGAUAG